ACUGUGGGCCAGGCAUCGUGUUGGUGCGUGCACACACACGCACGCACACACACACGCACACGCACGCACACACGGGAGGGAUUGUGACGCACACAACUAGCCCAGAACACCUGGCUGUGGAGAGGUGAUGUUCUGAUUCUCUCCUGCCAUUUUCCUGCCCCUCCCCCUGAAUCAUCAAUAACUGAAGGACAAAAAGAAACAUGGAAGGACACAAAUGCUACUCCAGGGAAUUUUAUGACCAAUACGCCCAAAGUCAAGACAAAUCAGUUGUGAACAAGAUGCAACAGAAGUACUGGAAAACAAAGCAAGCCCUCAUCAAGGCGACGGGCAAGAAGGAAGACGAGCAUGUCGUGGCUUCCGACGCAGACCUGGACGCCAAGCUAGAGCUGUUCCACUCCAUCCAGAGGACGUGUAUGGAGCUCCUCAAAGCCAUUGAACUCUAUCAGAAGAGGAUUUGCUUCCUGUCACAAGAAGAAAGUGAGCUGGGGAGGUUUCUUCGCUCCCAGGGUUCCCAGGACAAAACUCGAGCAGGGAAGAUGAUGCAGGCCACAGGGAAGGCACUGUGCUUCUCCUCUCAGCAAAGGUUGGCCUUGCGAAGUCCUUUAUGCCGACUCUACCAGGAGGUGGAGACUUUUCGGUACCGCGCCAUAUCUGACACCUGGCUGACUGUGAACCGGAUGGAGCAGUAUCGCACCGAGUACCGUGGCGCUUUGCUGUGGAUGAAAGACGUGUCUCAGGAGCUGGACCCAGACCUUUUCAAGCAAAUGGAGAAGUUUCGGAAGGUCCAAGCCCAAGUGCGCCAUGCGAAGCUCAAUUUUGACCAACUCAAGAAUGAUGUGUGUCAAAAAGUGGAUCUCCUUGGAGCGAGCAGAUGUAACCUGCUGUCUCACGUGCUCACAACAUAUCAGACUACCUUGCUUCAUUUCUGGGAGAAAACUUCACACACCAUGGCAGCCAUCCAUGAGAGCUUCAAAGGUUAUCAGCCUUAUGAGUUCACCAUGUUGAAGAGCCUACAGGACCCUGUAAACAAGUUGAUAGAAGAGGCCGAAAAGAAGGAACAAGCCCAGAAGGAAAGCCCAGAGAGGGAGCCCCUGCAGCCAGACUCGCUGAUAACAUUAGACGUGGAAAACCCUGCCAACACGCCCACCUACUUAGCUGAGGAUGGAAAGAAUGCCUUCUCCACCCUAGAAGGGGAGUCGAGCCACAUCCAGUGCUCAGGAACCAUUGAUGAGCUGUUGGACCUGAUGCCAUCAGAGACAGGGGCCUCGGAGUCUGAGGUGACCGACAAGGACGACAUGCAGCUGCUUAAUGAGAUUCUCAAUGCAUCAUCCUUGGAUGAGGGAGACUUCAGCAAAGAGUGGACGGCGGUCUUUGGGAACAAGCAGACCCCAGAGCCCACGGCCACGUGUGCGCCAGGAGAGCCAGAACCGGGCCCCCCUCCGUCAUCAAGCUUCCUCCCUUCCCAGCUGCUAGACAAAAACAUGCAUGACUUACAGUCAUCCCUUCAAGGCUGGAGAGAGAGCCCGGGCAGUUCUCCAACCACCUGGAAGCCAGCAGUGGCCCCCCAACCCACUAGCCAGAGCAGCACCACGCCCCCUGUGAAAGAAUCCGAGAAGAGCGCUCGAGACCUGAGCGCCUGGUUCAGCCUUUUUGCCGACCUGGACCCGCUGUCCAACCCAGACGCGGUCGGGAGGACGGACAAAGAACACGAGUUGCUCAAUGCCUGAGUCGGCGCGGGCCGGAGCGCGCUGGCGCCGCCGUGGCCAGCCUGGCUCCCGCGUGAAUGUUUCUGUGCCAUGACAAUAAAAGGGGACAGGUAGAAGCCCCGUUUAUAUUGCUAGUGCCGGUGCCAGUGUUGGGUCCUUCUUGUGCCGAUGCGGAUUUCGGUCCUGGGAGCCAAGGCAGGUCAGUGGGCUUGGGAUCGCACAGACCGGAGUUCAAAUCCAGCC